AUGGUCCAACUCUUCCCACCCCGCCAUGUCUACUUCCCCUCCACACCCUCCCACACCUGCACCGUCAUCCUCCUGCAUGACACCAACAGCACAGGCGCCGAGCUAGCCGCCGCGCUGGCCGCGUCCACCUCAACAGCAACACCCGCCGGAAAAUCCAUCUUCGAACACUUCCCCUCCUGCCGCUGGGCACAAGCACAAGCACAGCUCAGCCCCUCCGCCGCGGAAGACCUAGAAGUCUGUGUAGAGUCCAUCCUGCAAAUAGUAGAGGAGGAGGUCGUGAGGCUAGCGGGAGAGGGCCACCGCGUGGUGCUGGGUGGGUUCGGGCAGGGGAUGGCCGUUGCGGCUGCUGCGUUGAUCGCGCAGCGCAGGCGACUGGGUGGGUUCGUUGGGGUGAGCGGGUGGGUUCCUUUAGCGGGGGGGAUUGACGGGAUAGUGGCCCAUGGCGGGCUUGCUAGAGACGAAGCGGCGAGGGUAGGGUCAGAGGCAUUUCGACGGGAUUCGGUGGCGGGUGGGUUAGGAGUGGAUGGGCGGGAGCUGGAUGCUGAUGCUGAUGCUGAUGCUGGGGAUGUCGGACUCGCGAGUGCGCCCAAGGCGCCGUUGCAGGAUGGUUCGGCCGGUUCGUUGUGGGAGACUCCGGUUCUUCUGAGCUAUCUUGAGGAUGAUCCUUGCGUGGAUAUUCGAACAGGGUUGAUGGCCUACGAGACAUUGAGUCGCAUGGGAUUUGUCAAGGUGAUCUGGGAUCCUCUCCGGGCUUCACAGCAAGGCGAGAAUUGGCUCUUAGAUUCGAGCCAGUUAGAUACAAUUGUGGGUUUCCUGGCAGAGGUGUUUGGUCAUGAGGGGUGA